AUGAUAGUGACUGGCGCCCAGUACACCGCGGACCGAGCUGCAGACAUGACGCGCCACUUCACCCGCGAGGAGGUGUCCCGGAGACGCGAGCGCCAGGACGCGGCCAUCAUCAUCGACAACGUGGUGUAUGACGUCACGGACUUCCUGGAGCACCAUCCCGGCGGCGUGGAGGUGCUGCUGGACAACGCCGGCAAGGACGCCUCCAAAUGUUUCGCGGACGUCGGCCACAGCGAGGACGCCAAGCUGUGGCGCGCGCAGUACAAGGUCGGCGAGGUGGUGGCCGAGGAGCGCUGGGAGGUGGUGACGCCGCUCUCCUCCGAGGAGGGCGAGGGCUCCACCGACUACACGCUGAAGGGUCUCCUGGAUGUGCUGCUGCCGCCCGUGCUGAUGGCCGCCGUCGCCUUCCUCACAUAUAACUACCUGCUCUCCUAG